AUGGAGUCCAUAUUCCAAAGGGCUCAGGGACACUGGCAAGGUCAACUCGAGGGAUAUCCUUUCGAGGCUGUGAUCACCGGUGUCAUUGCAUUAGGAUCCCUAUUCUCCAAUUAUCUCGGCCAGGAAAAGGAGUUAGAGAUUGUACUUCAUGCAAAAAAUGUGCUUGAUGAUCCUGUCAUCAGCCGUCGGCCUUCGCAGGACCUAGUCGUGGCCUGGAUUUUAAGGACCAUUUACUCUCGCGCAGCAGGUCGACCCAAUGUAGCGUGGCUGCAAAGUGCCACCACUUUACAUUUGAUCGAGAUCACUGGGAUACAUUAUGAUGGAGCACCACUAGCCUCUUCAGCAGAGAGUACGAAUACAUCAACAUCUGACGGCCCUGAUAUACGUGCACGCAUCACGUCCGUUGCACAGAGCCUUCACAUUAUGAUUGCAUAUGAUUAUGGAAAGAGUGUAAUACACCUUGAUUCUACUCUAUAUCACCACAUCCGACCACGACAGGGCGAUUUCACUCUGCAAUUAGCUGAACUUACCAACAAAAUCUCGACUGCCACAACCCAUUUGGACCCUAUUUCCAACCAGACCAAUCUUUUGCAGGCCAUGGAGCAGUUGAUGGCCACACCAGUAGAUCAUGACUUUCUGCUGCUUGCGAGGGCGGAGCUAUGUUUCGCCAUUCAUCGUCGUCUUCAUAUUAUGGGUUUUGGUCUUACUAGACAACAAACUAAGCUCAUAGUUGAAGCAGGUGCCACAGCUCUGCCUGCAGCCCGGCGAUUGUCAGCUCAACUCCACCCAUGGUGGAAUGUUACAAAUGCACUCUUUCAGUUUGUAUGCGUUUGUCUCUCAGUUGGGACAACAGAGACACUUACGCAAAUCCAACCAACAAUUGAAACUUUUGAGUUGGUCAUUCAGCAUUUCAACACCCAUCUUACCCAGGAAGCCUUCAGCACACUGGUAUUAUUAACUGGUGCAUGCCAGGGGGAGAAGCAGAAACAAGCUGACCUCCUUCGGUUCGCCAAGGGAGCGCGAUCAGAAAAUGAUGCUUCAUUUCGAGGACAAGGUGAUUUGGCGAUGUUUGAUCCGCAAGUUGCUUCCCUUUUUGAACUUUACCCUGAGUCACCAUUUAUUGACCUGCAAACAAUAUUCAAUAUCUAA